AGGCCAAUUUUGAUACCCAUUUCUCUCUCUCUCUCUCUACAAAGUUUUUAGAGUAUAUAUUUUUCUUCUUCUUCAAGAGCUUCUAGCUCCACCAUUAAUGGCUUCUACGCCUAAAUUAUGUACCGUGUACAACUCCGAUAACAAUAAAAAUCCCCCGUUGGCAAGGUACUGCCGAAAAAGGCCCGUGGUUUUCUCCCGAUUUGGGUUUCCACGUCAAAAUCUCUGUGUUUAUAUUUUGGUGUAUUUUUUAGACUAGUUUAUCGUUUUUGCCCGGCUAAAAACAAUAUACCAGUUGAUAAUUUACACCAUCAUGUAUUGUGUAAUAAAUCCAUGUACUCUUCCCACAAUAACAAUUGGGCUACACCUGUUUCCACGUACAUUGUUCCCGGUCACUCUCUAGUUUUUGUGCACUUUCAGUAUCCAAACUCAACAAACCACUCUAGACCCGAUCCAGAGUCGUCUACCAGGGUGUUAAUUCACACCAUCACCCUAAACAUAUAUGUUAAAAUUUCAGAGUUGGAUGUUGGAAAAAAUUGGAAGCAAUUGGAAAGAGUUGGAAAAAUUGGAAGGAAUUGAAAAAUUUUGAGAGAAUUAAAGUUAUUUUAUAUAUUUAGACAUAAAAUGUUAUUUUAUAUUACCUCCGUCCCAAAGUAUUUGUCCACUUUCAUUUUUACACACCAUCCAAUACACUUCUUUAAUCCAUUUUAUCUUGUAAUUUGUAUAUUAAAAAAUUAUAGAAAUUAUAUAUUAAUAAUCUAUAUGUUAAGACAAAUCAAAUAAGAUCACACAUAAUUAUAUUUAGGUUUACACAUUGAGAGAAUAUUAUGAGUCAAAGUGCUUAGAUGAACAGUUCCAAAAGUCAAAACUGGACGAAUACUCCGGGACGGAGGCAGUACUACGUAUUACUUAUAUACAAAUAGAUGUUUUUGAAUUCUGGGAAGAAACUUGAAAAAAUUAGAAAGAAAUAAAAAGAAUUUAAAGAAAAUGGAAAGAGGUAAAGAAGUUAAAAAAGAAUGAAGGAUUCUACUCCCCUGAAUCCCCUCCCUUGGGGUCCGACAUAGAAUAGCCGUUCCCGGACCAGACCCCUCGCCGACCGUGAUAAAAUCUUCCACAACUUUUCUCCUCCCUCACGCUUCCGAUUCUCCGCCGCGCGAUUCUCGCCUGAAUCUACCUCAACUGCGGAAGGCAAUCGGAUUAGGGGUCGUAUACCGGAGAUCGAUCGGCCCUCACAAGUAAUUUAUUUAUCCGACAAUACAUCGAUUGACUGUCAAUGGGGAAGAAGCGAAAGUCCCUUGCGACGAGCUUAGACGAGGUGGACCGGACUAUGUACUCGUCUUUCAGCAGCGCCGCGAACUCACUUUCGCAGCUGUAUACUCAGGCGAUGAACCAACAAAAGCUAUCAUUCCAAGCUGGCGAACGUCACGGACUGGAAAAGUUAUAUCAGUGGAUCUUGAGGCAACAAGAAGGAGGAUCAAGAGUGGUGAUGAUUGACAUAGUCAACUACAUCCAGUCUGAACUGGACUACCAUGGAGAAGACCAGGCACCACCCUCUCUUCAAAACCAAAACACUAGCAUUUAUCCAACUUCUGCCAUCCUGGGCUCAAAUGGUGCACCGGCAGCAAUGCAGAAUAUUGGAUUGGACCAUUACGAUCACCACCCAAAGAACCUUGAUUUCUCAAAUGCUCUGUCAAGCCCCAUACGCCGAACCCUUCAAAACUAUCACCUUUCUCAGGGAGGCUACCUUACAAGCAGUGCUCAGCCUGCAAAUGCCACAAGGCAACAACAACAAGCUACUAGGGAGUCUGGUAGCUCCAACUCGAAUGAUGCCUCCUCCAUGGAUAUGCACGCUGAUAGUCCCGGCCAUGAAUCCACUUACUGAGAACUGCUCGAGAUUCGCGAUGCAUGUAAGGUAAGAAGUUUGUCCAUUUUACUUCGCCUCACUUCAGUGUCUUCAAAACAAGAUGUAUUUAAACGUUUUUUUUUAAAUUUAUGUGUUCUUGAAAUGGCAGCAAAAAAUGAAAUUGGCCAGUUCCAAAAUUGAAUGAAUGAAGUGACUCUCUUAAGUGUUGAACAAUGUUACCAGUUAAUUUAUUUUGUUCCUUUUUAAGUGCAUGUAAAGUGCAUUGGCAAGACUCUGCAACAGAGCAUUUGAAGCUGACCAUAACCCUCUUGCAUGGGAAGCAUGCUCCACAUGCAUGAGAACAAUCUGGAAGGCUUGACCCUGUCCCUCUUAUUGCCAUUGCUGUUGGGGGGCGAUCGACAAACCUGUUGAUUC